AUGGCACUACCCAGCGACACAACCAAGCUCUCGACGAGGCUUCCCCACGACGACAUGAUUGCCAAUAAUAAGGCGCAACAAGCCACAACGGACAAAAGUCAGAAUGACGCACAACAUCAAACAACACUCAAUCCCAACCUAUUCCAUCAUGCCAUGGCCAGCACCUUGAGCCACAAACCUGGAUUGAUUGAAGAAUACCAUUUACAACGGUGUACACCCACUCGACAAAACAAUCACCUCAUUGCCAUUGGUUUUCUCAAAGUGGGACACUUGUUGGAUGGACCCUCGGGCACUGUCCAUGGCGGCAUUGUUGCAUUGAUUUUUGACGAUGUCAUGGGAUAUGCCUCUGGCGCCCUGCAACCAUGGUCCGUCACCAAGGACUUACAAGUCGAAUACAAGCGACCCCAGCCACACAAGUCUCGUGUUGUCGUCCGGGUCUAUUUAGAUCUAGACAAAACAAAUAAUUCAAACCAACCGGGGAAAAAGAAGAGAUUGUACCUCAAAGCAACCUGCCGGAGUUGUUUGGGAAACAACAAUGACAAUCCUCAAAGUGCUCUCAAGUUGCACGAGGAGCACGAAGAUGCUAACAAUACCGUCUUGUUCUCGACCGCUACCAUUACAAUGGUACAGGUAUUGUCCAAGCCACCUUCGGCAAGAGAUGCCAAAGCAGCAACAGUACCGCCAGAACCAAGCAGCAAUCAUCAAGGAAACACACACAGCAACAGUACCAUGACAAGAUCUCGUCUGUAA